AUGGCAUGCCUGAUAGAAUUCUGCACUAGCAUUCUCCCACUCUACUGUGGCCCGCACGUAAAAAUUCGGAUCGACUUCAGCGAUCACGAGUAUACAGUCUCUAAAGGUCUUCUCUGCGCCGAGUCGUCGUACUUCUCCGCAAUACUUGAGAAGCAGGAUCCCGGAUCUCAGCAGCAGACAGCGACUCUGAGCAAAGUGGAAGGCAUUGUCUCCAGACAAAGCGUCGAAGCCUUGAUCCAAUGGUUGUACCUUCGCAUGGUGAUAUUUGAUGUAGAAGACCCCGGAGAUCAGAUAUCAGCCGCCAUAGAGCUGGUGAGACUCGCCGACUUGUGCAGCGUGAGCGGACUGGAGCCUCAAAUGGCUCGUUUUAUCAAGAAGAUUCUUGUUGCCCAUCCAAACCCUCAAUCCGAAGGGUUUUGGAGACACGUGGACACCAACACUUACUGCCUCACCCCACAGCACAUUGCAGCGGCAUCACAUCUACCCCAGGGGCACCUGGUCCGUCGCAUUUUGGCAGCGGCUUCCGUUGAAGGAUAUCUUCGGGAUCAAAACCACAAAUUUGCCGAGGAGACCCAAGAAUAUCCUUCCUUUGGAGCCGACCUCCUCUGGGAGGUAGGCAUGGCCUUGAAUGAGAUCAAGCCCACCAGAAAGGUCGCAUUUAAGGACCCCAUCAGUGGACAUAGAGCGGAGAUCAAGACGGGUCGGGAGAUUUAA